AUGCUAAGUAGCAUCAUCAUCUACCGUCUCUUCUUCCAUCGACUCCGUCAUUUUCCUGGUCCUCGCCUUGGUGCUGCGAGUAAACUGUGGAGUGUUUACAAGUGUCGGGAUUCGAGAAACCAUCUGUUCCUUGAUGAAUUGAACAAGAAGUAUGGCACAUUUGUACGAACAGGUCAGUUAUGCAUUCAUGAACAAGAUUCCUCGACGGGUCAGGCGGCUCAGAGAAUACCAGGCCCUGCCGAGAUCACAAUUUUUCACCCAAAGGCAUGGGAGGCUUUGGAUGGAGCCGGCAAUGCGAACAUUCGCUCGGAUUGGUACGAUAUUGUACAUCCGCGCAUUUCUCCUAUCUUCUCUCGCAUAGAAGAAGACCACACAGAACGGCGAAAGGUCUGGAAUCGGGCGCUGUCAAUGAAAUCCAUUAGGGAGUACUUGCCUCGAAUUCUCCAGCAGAUUGGAACGCUGGAAUCGAUCGUUGCUGGCAUGGAGGGUCAGCCAAUUUCGCCUAAUGACAUCAUGCAAUGGUUUGCAUUCGAUUCCAUGGGCGAAUUUGCAUUCAACGAAAGCUUCGAUAUGAUGAAGACUAAGAACUGGCAUCGCGCUAUUAUACAACAGCGCUCGGCACUUGCCAUUCUCGGAUCCCUUAACCAUACUGUUUGGGCAAUUCGAUUGGCAUUCGCCUUUCUAGGCCGUUUCUGGCGUGUGAAAGACUGGAUGGGGAUGAUAUCUUUUUGUGACCAGUGCAUUGAGCGGAGGCUUCAAAAUGCGCCUGCUCAACCGGACAUCGCUUCAUAUUUCAUUGAGGAAUUUCACAAUGGACGCAACGAGAAGAACUGGAUUGGCAAGAAGCAAUUACUGAGCGGCAACACCGUUUCGGUAAUUGUGGGUGGAAGCGACACGACUGGUCCAAGUCUAAUUCUAGUCUGGUACUUCAUGGCUUCAUAUCCUGAAUAUGCCGAACGAGUGUAUCAAGAAGUGAAAAACAUUGAUCCUUCAGAUAUCACUGGCCUGUCAAAGCUGCCAUGCCUGAAUGGGUUUAUUAACGAAACGAUGCGACUUAUCCCAGCUGCACUGACCAUGGGUACACGGAUGACUCCGGCACAAGGCAUGACGAUUGACGGGACGUACAUCCCAGGUGGUAUUAAACUUGCUGCUCCGAAGUACACCAUUUUUCGAUCCGAGAGGUCAUUCGAGGAUCCCUUGUCCUUCGUCCCAGAGCGCUGGUAUAGUCGACCUGAAAUGAUUCGGGACAAAGACUCCUUUGCGCCUUUUGGCGUUGGCCGACGUGCUUGCGUUGGAAAGAAUUUAGCUCUUACCCAGAUCCGGCUAGUUGUCACAAUCUUGCUCUCUCGCUAUAUUGUUCGUUUUGCGCCUGGCGAAACUGGCGAGGCUGUGGAGCGUGACAUGCGGGACCAACUUACUGCCCAGCCUGGUCGAUAUGAGGUAGUAUUUGAGCCUCGGGGGUGA